UUUUGCCGAGCUGCCGUUGUAGAGACGGGAAAUAAAGCGGACGGACACAAACGCUGGCUUUAUAUGGCCAUGUUUAGACUUUAAAUGCGCGUUUUUUAUUGCGUAAAAUGUGGUUUAGGCGCAGCCGAGCUGGAACACGACACAUGAGAGGAGUUUGGUGACUUCGAUCGGUUGUUUUUUUAGUAAAAUGUGUCAAGCGGAACUCUGAGGUAAAACAAGCUAACCUGAUCACCGGAGUUUGUGUUUUAGCACAUCCGUUUACUUCGCUUGUUAUUUUUUUUUAACCCGAGGCACCUUUUAACUUAGCACCUCUCAUAUCGAGUCAUUUGAAAGGCGUUUUUAUCCGUAAUGAUGAAGGUUUUGGAGAGAAAUGUGGUUCGUUUGGCCGUCGUUCAGCACCUUCGGGCGGUUUAUGGAAUAAAAAUCAAGAACUGGAAUAAAAACAGAAACAAACAGACGUCGGCGAACACGGUGAGGGUGUUUGGGGUUGCUCUUGAAGGUCUGCCACACUGUCAUGUGUUAGACUACGGUGACGUACCCUGCUUUAUAGCAGAUGUGUGUACGAGCCUAAUGGAGCAUUUGGACACAGAGGGUCUUUUCAGAAAGUCGGGCUCUGUUGUGAGGGUCAAGAGCCUCAGGGCCAAAGUGGACCAGGGCGAGGACUGUCUGUCCACUGCUCUCCCGCUGGACACCGCCGGGCUUCUGAAGCAGUUUUUCCGUGAGCUUCCCGAGCCGGUUCUGACCGCUGACCUCCACAGUGCUUUCUUGAAGGCCCAGGAGCUGCCCACGGAGGAGGAGAGGACCUCGGUCACGCUCCUGCUGUCCUGUGUGCUGCCUGACAGGAAUUUAAACGCCCUGCGUUACUUCUUCAGUUUCCUGAAGACCGUCUCACAGCGAUGUGCUGAGAAUAAGAUGGACAGCAGUAAUCUCUCGGUCAUCUUUGCACCCAAUCUCUUUCACUGUGGAGACAGCGGGGACAAAAUGAGCAGCAGCACAGAGAAGAGACUCAAGCAGCAGGCAGCGACUGUGCAGUGUCUCAUAGACAACGCUCAGAACCUGGGUGUGGUUCCUCAGUUCCUGAUGGAGAAGGUUCCAGCCAUGUUGGGUUGUGAUCCGGUGUUUUCUCCAUCGUCUUUGUCUCUAGAAGAGAGUAACGCUCACUCAGACCUGAAGAAGAGCAACAGACGCAGUUUAGGAGUUUUCUCCAUAGCCACUCCUGUCAUCAUGACUCCCAACUCCAAGCGCAAACUUCCAGUCGAGUCGGCACAGACUUACGGGUUCUCCAACAAGAAACGCAGGUCCAUCAAGAAGAACCUGGGCCUGGAGCUGUUCCCGAACGCUUUGUUUGGAGGAGCAUCUACACCGGGUUCAGCUCACAGCGCAGCAGGAGUUCUGGACUCGUCUUCUGUGGGCAGAAACACUCGACUGUCCAGCAGCUCUGCCAGGAGGAAGAGCAGACGCCUGAGAGACCGCAGCGUGAGCAGGGUCGAAUCGGGGAAGGCAGGCUGUUUCUCACCAAGAGCCGCUAAGAAAGAGCCUGUAAGAAAAUCUCUGCGCCUGCGCUUCAGUUUGGGCAAAUCCAGCCGAGAGUCUAACGUCAUUACACAUUCACAACUGGGGCCAAAGAGGUCAGAGGUCAUAGGUUGGCGCCUAGCGACACAAGAGAGCUGUUCUGGGUUUCACUUCACCAAGGAGCUCAGUCCGACCGUUUUGAACAAGAGUCCCUCGAAAGGCUCCAAGUUCAUCAGUAAAUCGGAGGAUAACCUGCUGACCCCGCAGUGUGUUUCCUCUGACCACAGGAGCUCGUGGAGCAGAGACACUCCUGACAUCGGCCGGAGCUUCCCAAGGGACGACUCCUCCGAGACUCCCGUGAGCAUCUACCGCUCCGAGCCAACCAUCAUCGUGAGCGAGCCUGCGGCGGUCAGCAGCGUUACUCCCAAGAGCCUCUGCUGCGCCUCCAGUGACGCCAGCGCCUUGGAUUCGUUCGGCGAAGAGCGCUCUCACACUGGACCCACGCUACUGAAAAUCAAGCAGGCUUUCGGCGAAUCUGGCAGCGACCUCCACAGCAUCGUUAAACAGCAGAGCGACUCCGCUGCAAACUCUGAUUCAUGUGAGGUUUCCGAAGGCCAACCUGCGGCGAUAUCUGAAUCUAGCCAAUCGGACGAUCACGACGUGACGUUCGGCCAGAUCGAGAUCGUUCCUUUGUCGCCUCUACAUAUAGACAGCGCUCUGUUUGACAGCGGGCCGACGAGGUUUGUGGAGACCAGCUCUCUUUUUGAAAAUGAAAGCAGGGCUUUCCUAAAAGAUGCCACCGGAGACUGCAGCCAACUGAUCGACGCCCUAGACAUCCAAAGUCCCGUGGCUUUCAGAUUGGACACUUCCAGUAGGGUUCAGUCGACUCCGUAUGCAACGAGAUCACAAGCGAACGCCAAUACGUCUCUGCCGAGGGAGCUCAAAGAGCUCACGGAUCAAGAUCAAGAAGAGAAACCGCAGAGCCGUCCCGAAACACGCCGAAUGAAAGUUGCAGACCAGAUUAAACUGUUCAACAUGAUGACGCUUAAUUCGCCCAAAGCCAAAGCCAUCCGGUCUCCUCUGAAGUUCCAGCGGACGCCGGUCCAGCAGUCCGUCAGAAGAAUAAACUCACUGUAUGGAAGCCGCAAGGACGUGAGGAUGGGUUGGUGCGCCGCUAGUCAAAUAAAGGCUGUGAGUUUAGAAAGCGGUUUGCUAACGUCCUCAAAAGCCAAACCUCUGAAACCAGCUGUCAGAGCGCUGGGAGAUGUCACCAAUAAAGCCCCAAAGACAAAGUGUGACGCGUUUUUGGCAAAUAAGAAUGCUUCAAAUGAGCUUCAAAUGCCCGAAAACGAUACCAGUCACUAUAGAGGUUCACCCAAAAACCCUCUUUCAGAGGGAAGACUGCUCUCAGCGUUAAAACCCAUCGAUUUAUAAGUCGCCGUAACUUUUAAACGCUUUUUCAACUCUUGCAUUCAGGGGUCUUAAUUUAUUUCGCUAUCGUUUUUACAGGUGAAUGGUGCGAGCGCUGUCUUUACGUUUGUGAGGGUUCGGACCUCAGGGCUCAAAUGUGUGAGAAGCAAACCUGAUGUGCAUAAUUAGCAAAUGCUCUUAAUUAUCUAGUGGUUUUGCUGUAAGUGAAAAGACGAGUCUAUGAAAGUGUGUUCACGUAAGAAUAGCUCAUGAGUGUGUUUAGAGUGAAAAUGGAUGUUUGUAAGUUACAUUAGAAAAGGUUGGAUAUGGGAAGCGUCUUAUUUAUGUUUUAUGCAAAAGCUUGAUUUUCUUUUGAAAGGCCUUAAAGUUCAUGGUCUGUUAUGUGGAGCAGUAUUAUGGUCUUACGUGAUUAUCCUCAAUGCUGUUAUUUUUCGCUCACUUAUGACGUUCUGAUUUUGUACCUGAAGUUGUCCAACUAAACUCUGUGUUCAACUGAUGUUUUGAAGUCUUUCUUCACCACUUGGUGGCGCACUUUGUUCAACAGGACCGAGAUUGAGUAUUAAAGUUCAUUGGUCUUGCAUCACA